UCAACUCGGAUAUUUGAAAUGUUUCUAAAUGAAUUCUGGCAGCCACUUAUAUUAUCUGAAAGGCCGUAUACCAUUCACGACCAACAUAAUGGACCUUUACUUUUGACCUCAUCUGCAUUUAAAAAACGAAUACUAUAUCCUGAGAACUGGAAUGGCAUAGUCAUGGGUUCAGAAGCGGCGAUCGAAGAAUACCACACAUUAAUAAGAGAAGUGGAAGGAAGCGGCCACCUCCAGCUUUUUCCCCUUAAAGAAAACGCCCCCCUGGUAAUAACAGAAGAAAAAGGCUAUGUUGAGGUAACAUUGAUACCAGCGGGAAAAAACGAAAUCGGCCACGAUCUACAUUACUUUCUUUUAAGGAACCCAUACGUAAAAGCCUUGAUAACGGACGAACUGGGUCGUUGUCUCGAUUUCCUACCUAAAUCGGAUAGCCAUUUCCACCUAGCGCUACGUGAAGGAAUGGAUAUUGUGUACAUAAACGAUGAAUUAUACAGUUUGGGCGAGAAUGCCCUUAAGACAGCAGAACAUGAGCAAAUAUAUGCCCUGUUGCAACUUAUAAGACCAAAAAAAGUAUGUGGGUUGACAGCACAGAAGUUGCCCAAAUGCCUACUAGACCUCUGCCAGCAAAAAGAUCUUUAUCAGCCGACGGCUUUAGCUGCUUUAGGUAACAUUGUAAUUUAGAAUUAAUUUUAAUUUACAAUAAUGUAAAAGUACAAAUGCAUGAACAAAUAUUUUUGUACCUCAUCAACAAAAAGAAAAG